AUGGUGGCUCAAGCAGCCUUGGGCUUGCGACUCGCGCAGUACCGCGCCAACCAGCUGGACAUCUAUGAAAGAGGCAUGCUCCGUAACGAAUACCCACGAGUCACCACAGAGACCGCGCGCAUCGUCGAACAAGCGAAACAACAUCUCAGCGCGGCCGCCUUCAAUUAUUUGCAUGGCGGCGCCGGUGAAUUGGCAACCCAAGAGGCGAAUCGCGCGGCCUUUCGGCACUGGCGGUUAGUCCCUCGGAUGAUGAUUGACACUUCCCAUCGCACCCUGGAAACAUCUUUGUUUGGCGAGACAUACGCAUCUCCUUUGAUCCAAGCCCCGAUUGGCGUGCAGUCCAUCUUCCACCCGGACAAAGAAACCGGACUAGCCGCAGUCUGCUCAGAGCUGAGUAUCCCAUUCGUGCUCUCUACCGCCGCAACUAGCACCAUUGAAGAGGUCGCGCAGCAUAGCGGCCCUGGUCCUCGCUGGUAUCAGCUGUACUGGCCGACUGACGAUGAGAUCACCAUCUCCCUUCUUCAACGCGCUCGCGCGGCCAAUUAUAGUGCCCUGGUAGUGACGGUCGACACUUGGACGGCGGCCUGGCGCCCCCUCGAUCUCGACCGCGGCUACCUGCCCAUGAUUGCCGGUGUGGGCAACCAAGUUGCCUUUUCCGACCCCGUCUUUCGGCGAAAAUUCCGUGAUGCCUACGGCAAGGAGGUGGAGGAUGACAUCCCAUUUGCCAGCCGGAUGUGGUUGCAGAUGAUCAUUUCCGGAGUGGCAUCAACCUGGGAACGACUUCCAUUCCUGCGUCAACACUGGGAUGGUCCCAUUAUCCUCAAGGGCAUCCAACAUCCGGAUGAUGCCCGUAUGGCGGUGCGUGCCGGCUGUGACGGAAUCAUUGUAUCCAACCACGGGGGUCGGCAGCUAGACGGCGCCGUUGGAUCCCUCGAAAUGUUGCCGUCUAUUGUGGAAGCGGCAGGUGACUCGUUGACCGUGCUCUUCGACUCGGGUGUCCGGACGGGCGCCGACAUCCUCAAGGCUCUAUGUCUCGGGGCCAAGGGGGUACUCGUGGGACGACCUGUGAUGGCUGGGUAUGCGAUUGCCGGGAAGGAGGGAGCAAAGGAGGUGUUGCUAGGCUUGCUUACGGAUCUCGACCGCUCCAUGGGUUUAGCAGGGAUUCCCUCGCUGAAGGCUUGUACGCCGGCGGUCUUGAAAGCGAGGUCAAUGCUGUGA